AUGGAAAUGGGUAUUGGGUUUAAACUGAAUGACGAUUUUAUAUGGAUAGGCAGUACUAAUGCUAGUAUAGAUGAUGAUACUGAUGUGAGGAAUCAACGACCAGUUCUGUUGGCAGAACUAACAGAGUUUCAAAGAUCUACACAUGAUGGGACGAUAAAUUGUAAAAUGAAACUGGCGAUAAAUCAUGACGACAAGUCAACAGGAACAGCAUAUAACAUAACAGUGUUCCUAUACAUACCAAACACAGUGACAUUUUUGUCCUCAACAAGACACUACUAUGACGUUGUCAAACGUGCACACCAUUUUGAAGAAGAUCAGACACUGCGUUUUGAGUUACCUAGAAUAUCAUUUCCACAUUCAUCACGUAUAAUCUUCAAUGUUACUAUGGAUACAAAGACAGGACUGUACCUUAAUUCAGACAACACAGGUAUUGCGUAUGAACUAUUAUCUCCAUUGGUGUCCGUACUACUUGGACUUGAUUAUGACAACACAAUUUUCUAUGGACUUUCCAACAACGGCCAAGGUUAUGUUUUCAGUUCCGAUCUUGGUACUAGUUGGAUGUCAUGUUCAAGAACAGUUUAUAUUGUUGCUUUGUACAGCGACAACUUUUUAAACGCAACACUAACCUAGCUGAUU